AUGGAUAUUCCGCGCGAAAACGACCCUUUGAUAUGGACCAAGGAGGCCCAAACUUUCCAAAGCAUAUUGAAUGACGUGAAGAAAGCUACGAACAAGAGUCAUAGAAAGUUUCUUCAAACAAAAAGGAGAUCCAUCUUGAGGUCUCAACGACACUCGCGUGACGCUCAGCCCGAGAAGAUGUAUGAUCUGUCUCAGAAGAUGAUGGAGCAGCAUAAAAGAUUGGUGUCGAAUGAAAGAAAGAUAAACGAAGUAGAGAAUAUGGAGGAAAUGGCCCGAAUCGCGAUGAAGAAUCUUUCUUACCGCGCCAAACACUCUUUCAAGAGUAAGAAAAAUCUUCCUAGGGUGCUACUGAAGUCCCGACCUUGUCACACUUGCACAAGAGGCAGAGAACAGAAAUUCAAUGAGGGAGUAUUACCCAACCUUUAUUUCCAGCGGGUAUUAUCAGACCGUGGAAAGUCGAGGUCUCAGAGAACAUUGCUGAAAGCCCAAAGACAAAGGCGAAAAGAUCAACUGACGUUUUUACCCGGUCCACACGUGAUCAAUCUCUUCGAAAGAAUUCGGCCUCAUUCCCCGAAUGCGGUCCCUCUGGACCAGAAGAUAGCCCAAUCAAGUUUGCCCCAAGAUCCGACGAACAAAUUUCCCAAGUUCACAAGUCUGCCGCUUGAACUUCGUCGAAUGAUAUGGAAGGCUGCACUUCUGGAAGGUCGCCAGAUCUUUGCAGACGAUUGGGAAAUUGGAACAUGGCAUCUCCUACCAUUACUUGGGGUGUCUAAUUCUAAGAAUUCCCUCCAAUUGGCAUGCAAAGAAUCACAUGAAGUUGUACAAGAACGUUAUACGUUUGUAUUCCAACCAAUGAGUGAUUGGAAGGUGGCACAAGACCCUGAAAACGUUACCGCACUUAAUCUUCUACCUUUCAACCCGGACAUAGAUAUCGUACAUACAUACUUAUGGUUAGAGGAGAGGGACACUUGGGAACAUGAAUUAUCGGGGCUUACUCCAGUCAAGCAUCUGUCGCUGGAUGGCGAAUAUUUAUAUGAUAUAGACGCAAUCGAACGUAUAGAAGCUGCAUGUCCAAAUCUCGAAAUUCUGACAAUUAGAGUCGAGGGAAAUGAUUUCUUUCGGGACCUCGUUGGAUAUGAUCCCCGUGUCGACCUUGAAUGCAUAGAGAUGAAUUCCAGUUUCCUUGACAAUCUAGCAGCCAGAAUAUCCAAUGAAAUGUGUUCUUGGAAGUCACAGCGCAUUAGAGCAUUAAGAGACAAGUACAAUAGACACACAGAGCUUUUCGAUCGCACCAAGGGAGGAAACUCUGAGUAUUGGAAGCGGGUGAACAUGAGGGUCGUUUUGUUACAGAAGCCAGUUUGCAGUUGGCCAAGGCGACAUCGUAUGUACUAA